AUGACGAAUGAGUAUGAGCGCUGUGUUCAAUUUGAGGAUAGUCUUCGUAAUAGUCUGCGAGUUCUGAUAGCUCCUCAGAGGGAGCGAGAUUUCUCAGUUUUGGUUGAGAAGGCUAAGAUAGUCGAGAAGGCUAGGGUUGACGGGUCCGUUAGAGUUGGGUCUACGACUGCACCUGUUGGGGUGGCGAUCUGUCAGCUAUGUAAUAGACUCUAUCUAGGUGAGUGUUGGAGAUCUACUGCUGCUUGUUUAUGGUGUGGAUCGAUUGAGCAUCGAAUUAAGGAUUGUCUACUGAGGGGUAAUCAGGUGCAAGCUCUGGUUGUUGAGACUGCGCAACCGCCGAGAGGAGUACAACAGCCACCUAGAGGCCGAGGACAGGCUAAGGGUGAUAACAGUAUGGGUCGAGGUCAGAGAGCACCUGAUAGGGAUGCUGAGCUGACUGAGGUGAGGCAGCCUACACUUGUCUAUGCUGCACGCCGCCAUGAGGAUAGAGAUACUCCAGAUGUCAUUGCGGACAUAGGCUCUACACAUUCUUAUGUUGCAUGUUCUGUGUCUGAGACCUUGGGGAUUUCGCAUGAGAGCACUUCUAGUGAGAUUUCUGUGGUAAGUUUGUUGGGACAGUCUAUUAAGGUCAGUAAGCUAUUCAGGGACGUUCUAUUAGAAGUUCAAGGGACAAUAUUUUUGGCUGAUCUGAUGGAACUUCCGUUUGGAGAGUUCGACUUGAUUCUGGAUAUAGACUGGCUGGUGAAGAAUCGUGUAAGUCUAAAUUGUGCCGAAAAGAGGCUAGUUCUGAGGACUAAAGAGGAUAAUGAGAUAGUUGUAAUUGGGGAACGACAGAAUUAUCUGAGUAAUGUGAUAUCUGUGAUGGUAGUAGAAAAGUUGGUGAGGAAAGAAUGUGAGGUAUUUUUGGCCUGCAUCAGUGCUUCUGAUUCUGUGGGCUUAUCGGUCAAGGACAUCCGUACUGUGAAGGACUUUCCAGAUGUUUUUCCAGAGGAACUACCAGGAUUGCCUCCGGGCCGUGAGGUAAAAUUCGGGAUUGAAUUGAUUCCUGGUACAGCUCCGGUUUCUAUCGCCCCUUACCAAAUGGCACCGAAAGAGCUGAUGGAACUUAAAGCUCAGAUUCAGAAGCUGUUGGAUCGUGGGUUUAUUCGUCUUAGUGUGUCUCCAUAG